CCGGGGGUGGAGUGAGCCGAAAGCUUGAAUCAACGACAGUCGCACACGUUGAACAACGAAAUUUUGGAAGAGUCAACUGCAACAUAAAGUCCGAUGCUGAGUAACUUAGAAACGUGUUUAACGCUGGUUUCAUCGAUCCCAUAAUGAUUGUCCCUGUUGUUACGAUGCCACUCUUUCGCCGACACAUCGGCGUUCCGGACAAGGAUCGGGCUUUCCAUCUCUUAGCUCCGGAAUAGAACGACAAAAGGGAGAAGCGUUAGAGUGAAGCUCUAAAGUUUCCCUGAAUAGAGCUUGGAUCUUACAAUUACGGUAUUAUUACGUCCCGACUACCCCUAAGUUUAACAAGUCAUGCUAUGUUGACAACACCCUACGCUAACUACUGACAUUAUUGGAAAGCGCCAUAGCUCCUGCGAACUACAUUACUUACUCUUGCCCCUGAAUCUGUCCUUAACUUCUUAAUUUCUCCUGCCUUUCCUGUCUUUCCGCAAUUUCGAUACGCAAGCGACGCGCAAGCAAAUACUUCGAAAUGGGAUCCAACAGCACCAACAACUUCAACGCCGCCUCGCUCUUCAGCGUGGAGGGUAUGGUCGCCGUUAUCACCGGCGGCGGAACUGGCAUCGGUCUCACUAUGGCCCAAGCCCUCGCCGCCAACGGCGCCUCCAAGAUCUACCUCCUCGGCCGCCGUAAAUCCGUCCUCGACACCGCCGCCCUUCAGAACCCCUCCGUCUUCAUUCCCAUCCAAUGCGACGUCACCUCUGCGUCAUCCCUCCAGUCCGCAGUCGAUAUCAUUACUGAGCAGUCCGGAUUCGUCAACCUCUUCGUUGCCAACUCCGGCGUGCUUGGACCCACUAACGGGUUUGACCCCUCCAUGUCCCUGUCGGAGAUUCGGCAGAAGAUGUUCGAUGAGAAGACAAUGAGCGCAAUGACGGAUUGUUUGAAUGUUAACGUUACGGGUGCGUUUUUCAGCAUUGUGGCGUUUUUGGAACUCUUGGAUAUGGGGAAUAAGAAUGCGGUUGAAGGGAAGGGAAGUAAGGUCUUUGGACGGAGGGAUAAGCAGGGGAGUGAUGUGCCGAGUGUGCAGAGUCAAGUUAUUGUUACUAGUAGCAUUGCUGCUUUCAGUCGUCACCCAGCGUCCAAGCCGGCAUACGCGGCGGGUAAGGCGGCGGUUUUGCACCUUGCCAAGCAGGCCAGCUCGAAUUUGGCGAGGUUUGGGAUUCGGGUGAAUGCGCUUGCACCUGGAUUGUUCCCAUCUGAGCUCGCGUCCGGGCUGAUUGGAAGUCGAGACCCCGGCACUGAAUCCAGCGACGACCCGCGGUUCAUUCCCGCCAAAAGAUUUGGCGGGGAGGAGGAGAUGGCGGGCACGAUAUUGUAUCUUGCCAGCCGCGCUGGAAGUUACUGCAACGGCAUGGUGCUCGUGAACGAUGGGGGCCGGUUGGCUGUCAUGCUUGGGAGCUACUGAUUUGGCUGUCAGGGUAACGGUUACACGCAGAUGCCCGGCGGAAUACAUAGACACGCAAACAAUUUAUCUUUCGAAUAGGUAGACAGCAAUAGGAUUUAUCACUCUUGUCGGA